AGAAAUAUUGUAUGGCGCUGAAGAUUGAUUUGAUGUUCCUCUUCAUGAGAAACAAAGUCAUUGUAUAAAUUAAUUUCAUUUCGAGUCGGUAUGAUAAAAUCAUGGCGCUCAGUCCUACAAUGACAUCAAAAUUAAAAAGCAGAGAUUACGCAAAUAAAAUCAGACAUGGUUCGCCCAAGUUACAGGAGGUGUUGCGAGAGAAAUGCCGCCAAAGAUUACGAGAGAGGCGGAAUCAGUUAUUCAACAGACGUAGAUUUGGUUUGCAACUCGAUUCUAUACAGAUGCAAGAUACAUUGACGGAAAUAAUACGUCAAGAAUUUAAGAACCUGGCAACAUCAAAUGAUAAUGGCAUAAGCCUUACAUUCAAAGAGAUUGACGAACCCUUAAGUCAGGAAGAGGCGAUUGAAUUAGAAAAUGAAAUUGUUCGUGAAGAAGAAGAAUGGAUACUUCAAGAAUAUGAGAAAUUUUCACAUGAUGAAAUCAAAUCUUAUGUAAUGUACGCUGAUAACAAGGAGAAAGAAGUGUUCUGUCCUAUAUGCCAGAAAACCAUAUUAAAAGAAGAAAAUAAUGAUGUAUAUUGUGCAACUUGUGGAUUAAAAUUAACAGGUCGUACUAUACAAGAAGUAAAACAGUUAAUUGAUGAAAAUAUAAAAAUUCAUGCAUUCAACUGUAUCAGAGUACCAACAUUCAUGAUAAUGCCUGAUAAUAGUAAUCUUGAUUUAUACCUAGUAUGUCAUGACUGUUCUACUUUAGCAUUAAUUUGUUAAUUAUUUAGGAUUAAUUACCGGUAUUAA